AUGUCCGCGGCCGUCGAGGAAGGCAGAGAGGCUCCGGCCGGCUCUGAGCCCGAGCCCGAGGAUAUGGGCCCGCCGCACAGGCCCAGCACCCGCUCCAACCCCGAGGGGGCGGAGGACAGGCAGGACCCGCCCGGCCAGGCGCCCCAGGCCAGCGUCAGGGACGGGCAGGGGGAGGGGGACGGGGAAGCCGGGACUGAGAGCCCAGGAGCGGCGGCGGGAAGGAGCAAUGGCGGCCUGAGGCAGGUGGAGCAGGAGGGCCAAGCGCUGCCCCAGUCCCACUCUCAACCUCAGCUCCAGCCCCAACCUCAGGCCCAGAGUCCGUUUCAAUUCCAAACGCCGCCCGAGAUCCUCCUCAGGACUCCCAAGGUUAACUGCCCCGAGAAAGUGAUUAUCUGCUUGGAUCUGUCAGAGGAGAUGUCACUGCAGAAGCUGGAGUCACUAAAUGGGCUGAAAACGAAUGCACUGAACAUCGCCCAGAAAAUGAUCGAGAUGUUUGUCCGGACAAAGCACAAGAUUGACAAGCGGCACGAGUUUGCUCUGGUCGUGGUGAAUGACGAGGUUACCUGGCUAUCUGGCUUCACCUCUGACCCUCGUGAGGUCUGCAGUUGCUUGUAUGACUUGGACACCAGCGUGUGCGAUUCCUUCAACCUGGAUGGGCUCUUCAACCUGAUACAGCAGAAGAUUGAGCUGCCAAUAACUGAGAACAUUCAGACUAUCCCACCGCCCUAUAUUGUCCGCAUGAUCCUGAUCUACAUUCGGGCAUCUUGCCAUCCGCAGCUGGCCUCGAUGGAACGCCUCAAUAAGAUCCUACAAUCUGCCUAUUUCUUCUUCGACGUGAUUUAUAUUCACAAUGGAACCGAAGAAAUGGAGGAAACAUCUAACAACAAGGAAAUUUAUUCAUUCUUCAAUCAGCUGGACACAAAGGGAACCAGCUACAAAUACGAUGUCUCGCUCACUGGCCAAGCUCUGGAACUGCACAACUGUAUGGCCAAGCUGUUAGCCCACCCUCUGCAGCGACCGUUUCAGAUGCACGCUGUGUACAGCCUGCUGGAGGACGAGGAGGCGGUGGAAGUGGAGGCGACUGUGUGACAGAGGGGCCCCUCUCUCUCGAACUCUCACGCUCUUUCCAUCUGCAAACUCCUAUUCUGAUGGUGGAGCUGGUCACUGACUCAAUCGCUGAGCUACCUAAUCAUCAAGAGACUUCAUUGCAGGGACCGUGACUGCAGCUGUAGUACCGGGAAAGCCUGCUCAACCUGCUCUGUGCUGAGUUGGAACUGAACAUGUGGCCUUAAUCCGGACAGCAGCUGUGGUGUUUAGAGUUCAUUACAAACUAUGGGCUGCUCGAGGGUAACCGGCCCCUUGAUACAUCCGAAUGUUCCUCGGUUUCAAUCCCGAAUAUAAACUGUCACUCCUAUAACCAUA